GAGAAUGAGCCUCUGGCAGGCUAGGGAAGCCGCCGAAGGAGUAGGACGCGUGCGCAGACCUGGGGCUGUUGUGGGGGCGGUGGGAGAACAACGCAGACUUCACCUUUGAUUCCCCCGUGGUUUAGAUUCUUGCUGAAUGUUUCCGGCUGGAGGCCGGUGCAAAAACAGGUCCUGCCGCACCGCCUCAUGUCUGUGAUGAGCACCUGGGCUUUGCUCCGUUUCCCUGCACCGCUGAUCAGGAUGUGCUCGGGGAACUGGGGACUCGGGCUUCAGGAGAAGCCAGCACUGCUCUUCCCAGGAAUGGCUGCUGCUGCGGUGCAGGUGGCAGGCAGGAAGGACUAUCCUGCUCUGCUUCCCCUGAAUGAGAGUGAGCUUGAAGAACAGUUUGUGAAAGGCCAUGGUCCAGGGGGCCAGGCCACCAACAAAACCAGCAACUGUGUAGUACUCAAACAUGUGCCCUCCGGCAUUGUGGUCAAGUGCCACCAAACACGAUCAGUGGAUCAAAACAGAAAGAUAGCUCGAAAAAUCCUCCAGGAGAAAGUGGAUAUCUUCUACAAUGGCGAAAACAGCCGUGUCCACAAAGAAAAGCUGGAGGCUGAGAGGAAAAAGCAAGCGAGGAAGAAAAGAGCAAAGGAGACCCUAGAAAAAAAGAAGUUGUUGAAAGAACUAUGGGAAGCAAGUCAACACGUUCCUGAGGAAAGGACUGGUGCUGACGCUGUACCAGGGGGCUUUCGGGAAUAGCAGUGGUAAUGCCUGGCACCAGAGUUGGAGCAUCUAAAGAAAGCGUCCUGGAGGCGGGAGUGGUGGUGCACACUGUGGUCUCGGCACUUGGGAGGGCUAGGGCUUGAGCAGGAGCACUUGUCCCACAAGUGAGUUUGAUCCUCAAAAUCCACAUAAGGGUGGAAGGUCAGAACUGACUCCAGAGUCCUCUGACUUCCUGAUGUACGCUAUUUCCUGUGUGCCCACACUUGUCACACACACAAAUGAACAAGCAAUACAAGGUUGAGAUAAAAAGUUUGAAAGAGUACUGAUAUUAGUUAACCCCACUUUUAUGGCAAGUAUCAUUUAGCCUUAGUUUUUGGUAAAGAGUAGUAAAGAAAAUGAACCAUCAGCGAAGUGGCACUAAGUUACUUGCUGUGCUUGCUGGUUUUAACAAUUCACACAAGCAUGCCGGGCGGUGGUGGCGCACGCCUUUAAUCCCAGCACUCGGGAGGCAGAGACAGGCAGGUCUCUUGUGAGUUCUAGGCCAGCCUGGUCUACAGGAGCUAGUGCCAGGACAGGCUCCAAAGCUACAGAGAAACCCUGCCUCGAAAAACUAAAAAAAAAAAAAAAAACCCACAAGCUAGCAUCACCAGGGAAGUUUUAGUGAGAAAUUAUAAGGAUGUCUGUGGGAAUUAUCUGUAUUGUUAACUAAGUCAGAAAACCCAGCUCAUUGUGGGCAGCAUCAUUCCCUAAGCAGGAAUCCAGAAUACAAGAAAGCUAGCUAAGAAGAGCAAGCAACGAUGCUUUUACUCUCUUAAAUGGAUGUGGUAUACUACUGGAGUUUCUACCUGACUUCCCCAAGAUGACUUACUGUAACUUGAAAUAGCAAGCUAAAUAAAUUCUUCUUUCAUAGGUUGCUUUCUGUCAGGGUAUUUUAUCACAGCAACAGAAAUGGAUGUGGAUUUAUCUGUGGAGUCGUCAAAAUAAAGAAAAAGAAAUGGAUGUGGAACUUGCCUAUUGA